AUGUCCGACCAGGUAGUCGUCAUUGUCCCAACGCAGACGUCACCCUCACAUCCCCAGCGGGUGAUCGGGAGGAAAUCCCCCAUCUCGGGAAUCGAAGAGUUUCGGGGGAUCCCGUACGGGACUGUACCGGCGAGAUGGCAGCAUGCAGUGCUCCGUGAUCGCUUACCCCAGGAUGAAUUUGAUGCAACUCGGAACGGCCCGCUAACACCCAGGCCUGAACCAAACAACACCGACGAGUACCAAUCGCAUCUUGAGUUCCCAGCCGACGUGACGGAGUCUGAGUUCGACUGUCUCAAUUUGUUCAUCACAAGACCCAGUGCUGCGGCCCUUGCUGCAGCUGGUUUCGACGUGCAGGAAGUGAAAUUGCCGGUCUAUGUGUAUAUUCAUGGUGGAGCAUAUAGCUUCGGUGCGGGAACAGAUCCGAUCUGGGAUCCGGCUCGCCUCGUCAAGAAAUCAGUUGAGCUAGGCACUCCCAUGAUCGUGGCCACCAUCAACUACCGCCUCAACAUGUUUGGAUUCGCGGCUUCGUCCGAGAUCAUUCAAGCUCAACCGGAAGGUCAGAGAAAAGGGUGCAAUUUCGGACUAAGCGAUCAGCGAACCGCCAUUCGUUGGGUACGUCAGAACAUUGGGGCAUUCGGCGGUGAUGCCACCCAGAUCACCGUUGGAGGUCAGUCAGCUGGCGGAAGCUCGUCGCAUGCUCACGUCCUGGAGGCUGUUCUUGGCAAAGGCGAGCCUUUGGUCCAGCGAGGAAUCAUUCAAUCGGGAACCCUAGGUGUGCUCGGUCCUAUUUCGAUGGACGUAUCCAACGCGCGCUGGAACGCUUUCUGUCAGCAUGCAGGAGCUCCCGCAGGCGAUGCUAUCUCCCGCAUGGCUUUCAUGGUUAAGCUUCCGCCAGCGGAGAUCCUUCAAGCGGCUGGGAAGUUGGGUUCCAUUGUCUGUCCCCUAGUGGAAGAUGGCCUAACCAUCUCAAAAAGACCAAAUGGUCGCUGGAACGUUCACCUCGAUGGCCUGCAGAGUGAACCUAUUGCGGAAACAUCGGCCUCUGGUGCCGGAGUCAUUCCGGUUUUGAUUGGUGACACAGAUGUCGAGGGUCUUCUACACUUAAACGUGGUAAAUGGGAUCAGAAAUUAUGAGCAUCUGAGCGAACAACUAUCUGCUGGGGUGGAGUCAAAGGAGUUCUUGGAAGAUCUAUACCAGGCGUAUGGUUUUGAGCCAGACACUCCCCCAGCCGAGCUCAGAAAACGGGUGCUUCAACUGUUGACGGAUAUACAGUUCGGGUAUCCUGUGCAAUGUGCAAGACAAGAACUGAGGGAUUGGGAAGUGCCCAGGGAUAAGCUUACAGAAAGCCCUACUAUAACACGUUCUACUGCGGUGCACUCGUAUCGCAUGAGCGUGGGCAACCCAUUUCCGGGGCCUCGGCAAGGGAUUGCCCAGCACUGUGUCGAUUUGAUAUAUAUCUAUGAUUGCUUCGCAGAUGCAUUACGUGUUGCAGACGAGGCCCUGCCAGCCAAAGCACCGACAAACGCUGCCUUAGUCGACCGUGUUCAGGAAAAUUGGAUCCGGUUUAUCACAGCCCCAUCUCUCGAUAGCCAGGCCGGCAACGCAACUGUCUAUGGCAGUGACAGGACCACCUCGACGAUCCACAUGGACUCGGACCGGACUUGGACGGACAGGAUGCAUAGAUUCCAUAUCCUGGGCAGACACUGGCGUUCUGCCCAGCAGGCCAUGCAAGCGAUAACGGGUCCGAGCCAUAUUCUAUAG